UGCCAAUCAGUGUAAGAUCCGAUAAACGCUCCUGAUAUUAUGUCUGCAGACAUCUGUUGUACAGAUGAGAUUAUGAAUCUGAAUGUAACGCGAACGUAAAUAGCAAAGCUUUUAAUGCGCGGUUCGCUCGCUCGUGCGUCGCUCGUGAUGAAGCUCCGGGAGGAAAUGGCGGAUGAUGGAGAGAGAGACAUUCGGUGCAGAAUCUGAAGAAAUGAGCGAAUCAGAUCCCACAGCGACUUCACUCCAGGCCGACUGCUACAAAAACACAAAGCAUCGCGUUUUUACGAUGAUCCUGACAGCGUAUAUGGACACCUGUGUCCUUCAUCAGGCUCAGGCGGUGUGGCCCUAGCAGCAGUUCUGGAGGAAGAGGAGCAGCGGGUGUUUCGGUGGCGUCACGCCCUGCAGCAGGGCAUGGAGUACCACAGCUCAAGGACACUGCCUCUCCUGGGAAGCCCUCGCUACUGUCCGGGCACCAAAAGUGCCAGCGGUUACCUCUGUCAGACCGGACACUGCUGCCAGGAGACGGGCUGCUGCACCUACUACUACGAGCUGUGGUGGUUUUGGCUGCUGUGGAGCGUGCUCAUCCUGUUCAGCUGCUGUUGUGCGUAUCGACACCGUCAGGCGAAGCAGCGCGUUCAACAACAGCAGAGACAGAGGGAGAUCAACCUCAUGGCUUAUCAAGGAGCUUGUAGUUACCCGUCCUCCAUGUUUGACCUCAGUUUCCUCACCACACUUAAACUGCCGUCCUAUGAGGAAGUAGCAGCCCAACCCAGCACCCCGCCCCCUCCCUACAGCUCCGUCGCCUACCAACGAGGCUCCGCCCACCCCGGCCCGAGUCACAUGUUGUCAUCGCAGAGCUCUGACAACUACACCAGCUGCUCCUGUGACUCCUGCUGUCCGUCAUCGCCCUGUAGCUCCUCCCCCUCUUCGGCUCAACUCACGGAUGAAACUGAUACUAGCCACGCCUCCUCGCCCUCCCUCAGCGAGCCUGGCCACGCCCACUCAGUAGUCAUGCACACAGAGUGCGUUCCAAUACAGCCACUCGACGAAGGCGGCCAAUCGCCAACACGAAGCACAGCCGAGGUCAUGGAGGCGGAGCUUCCCAGCUCCUCCCCUCUGGCUUCCAAUUGCGGCAACAUACCAGUGAAGAACACCAGUAGUAGCACAGAUAACAUUACUGAAAUAGUAGACGCAUCACAAACUAUAAGUACUAAUAAUGAUGCAAACGGCGCUAAUUCGAAGAAUAUCACCAGCCUUUGCCAUCCGACUCCACCGACCUCCUCAUCGUGUCUUCAACUCUUCUCCAUGUCUGACCCGCUCGGUGUUCGUACCGAGCAGCAGAUUAACGCAGCUCAGAAGGAGGAGCCUGUACAGGCUCCGCCCCCUCAGUCUCCGCCCAGAACCGCUCUCUUUUCUCCAGCCAAUGAACCGGAGCGGCGUGAUUCCGCUGUGAGCGACUUGGAUGUGGACCAAACGCACUUCCAGCAGCGACGGCUGACCGGCGACUCCGGCAUCGAGGUCUGCCGCUGCCGCGUAGAACCUGAGGAAGAGGAUGAUGAUGAAGAAGAAGAAGAAGAAGGUCACUUACAGACAGAGUCGGCCAGUGGAAUGGGUGAAGCCCUUCACGAUAGUGCGGAUUGUUCCGCCAGAGCCAGACCGGAUGGGGACACAAAAGAGGCGUGGCCUGUCUCCUCGGUGACUCCACCCACUGACGCAGUUGUGAUCGCGAUGGAAUCUGAGUGUGACAUUAAGAGCACAGAGGUCUUGUGAGAGCAAACCUGUACAGACUGAUGUUAGAAGAGUCAUUUAUUAUAAAGUUAUUUCGAUGUUUUUGGCUGCAUUUAUUUGGUCAAAAUACAUUAAUAUUAUUACAUUUUAAAACAGCUGUUUUCUAUAUGUAUUAUCAAUGCUGAAGAUUUCAUAUUUUUGAGAAAACUGACAUUGAUUACUAUUCAAAAAGUUUAAGUUUAGUAGACUAUAAAUACUUUUAUCAAGGACACAUUAGGUGACAGUAAAGACAUUUAUAAUGUGACAAAAGAUUUCUAUUGAUAUCAAACAAAUUCUGUUCUUUUGAACCUUCUGUUCAAUCCUAAAAAUGAAAUGUGUCAGUUUCCACAAAAAUAUUGGACUGUUUUCAACAUAUCAUAAUAUUUUAAUGAUUUCUGAAGAUCAUGUGACACUGAAGACUGGAGGAAUGAUGCUGAAAAUACAGCGGAGCAUCACAGAAAUAAAUUACACUUUAACACAGAUUCACACAGAAAAUCAUGUUUUUAAAUUAGAAUAAUAUUUCAGAAUUUUUGGACCAUUUUGAUCAAAUAACUGCAGCCUCGAUGAGAAGAAACUACUUCAUUUAGAAACAACUUUGGCUGGUUGUGUGUAUUUGUGUCAGUCUCUAUCGAGGACCACACAUUCCCAAACCAGACCAAAGUCGGCACUUGAUGACCUUUAAUUUGACCCAUUAUGCCACAUCACAAAAGGAAGAAACAAGUUAAAAAAAAUAAAAAUUAUCAUAAAAAAAAAAGUAUUUAUUUUUGCAUUAAAAUGUAAAGGAUGUAGGUUAAUUAGGACUAAUGAACCCUUAAAAUGUUCUUUCCUACUUUCUCUCUGACAGUCAGGCUGCUUCAUUUGCUCAGUAGUUUUAAACAAACACCAACAGUUGUGAUAAAACAACACACCAAUGCUCUUCUCAUGGAAUUCUGGGUAAUGCAGAAGACGAACAAGGAAAGCAAGCGUUCCUCAACACCAGCUCGGCCGAAGCGGAUCACAACCUCUGGAGAAGAAUCGAGACGCACCUCAGGACUUCUGCUUCGCUCCAACAUUUAUCACGAACAUUGGUUUACGUCUUUAUGUCGGACACUGAUACGCUUUUGUGCUGGCGGGAGAAUCUCAUCAAGUCUGUCAAGUUCACGUUUGACGACAAAAAAAAAAAAAAUGAAAGAAAAUAUAAUUUAAUGACUUUUUAUUUUCAUGAACAUUAAGCACAUUUAAAACUUCAGUUCACUUUAUGUGAAAAAUUACAAUUUACAUUAUAUAUGCACAUCCUGAUAGUUUUGGUUGUGCUUCCAUUCUUUUAUACCGAUUCAAAGCUUAAAUGUCAUUGUAUUAAUAAAAGAAGAAUUUAGUGAGAUUAACGAUAACUGAAAUGAAAGAACGCAAAGAGAAUGAACUACAGAAAUGACCAUUUGAGAGGGAAAUGUGCUCAAUUAUCAUGCAAAUAAAUUAAAUGAAAUGUAAUUUUUUAAAUUAUAACAAUUAAGAAAAUAAGAAAAAACAAUAAUGACUUUUUUGAGAUAAAAAUUUGCUAAAUUAUCAU